AUGGGUGCUGGCAGCCUCGAUUAUGUUCGAUUAGCGAAUGACCUUAAUCUCAUUAGGGGUCCAGGCAAGUCCGGCGAUCCAGCGGUCGCAGCAGCCGCCCAAAUUUUGCCUCCGCCGGUACGGUGGGCGCAGGACUUACCGAGCCCCUUGCCCUGGGAGAGGGCAGAGCCGCAUACGGGCGCCUCUGAUGCGGCUGGCGUUGCGGGCGAUACAGGCGAUACGGGCGAGCGGCUGUGGCCUGGGAGCUGGGAGGCCGCGCCCGCUUGCCGCUUUGGAGCACUCGUUCAGGUCGGCGGCAGGAAUGCAGCGUUGCAGCAGUGCUUUCCAGACCCCCCGCAGUCAGGCAGUCAUACCUGGGCCGGACCCAAUGAAGGGGAGCAAGAUUAUCAAUCAGUCCCGCCGGGUCGCGACUUGGCGAGCGCAGACUUCGCUAUCUUGCACCAUACCCAUCCCAUCCCCAUCAUACCUCCUCCAUAG